AUGGAUAGCGAUCCUCACAAAGGUGACUCAAAAACAGGUUUCCAAUUCAUAUCCAUACAGAAUCCAGAGGAUACAAAAGACCGGGAAAAGAGGCGUGUAGCCAGGUCACAUGCUGUGAAACAGGCUCUACGUAGUAAACGGAGGCCGCAGGAGGGGACUCUGGGCAGUGGUAUUGGUGCAUCUGGCCAAAUGCUGGUCCCUUGGUCCAUAUUCGCCCCUGCAUCUGCCUACGGCCCCUUCGAGAGUAUUAUGGGAGACUCUCCGCGACUGAGGGCCUUGCUUAGUCACACCGCUGCUCGACAUGCUGCCGAGCCCGUCUUUAGCGUCGCAGAUCCGGUUGUCUUCCAGGACUUCGGCUCCGUUUUUCGCACAGAUCUUGACGACCCGGCCCUCCUAAACGCCGUGAAGCUAGCAUUUGCGUUUGCAGUGACUGGUGGUAAUAUAGACCAAGAGUGUCUCGACUACCAAGGUCAAGCUAUGAGCACCAUACGCGAGAGAAUGAACUCGCCAGAAGCAGCGCUCUCGCUGCCAACUCUGGGCUCGCAAGAUCUAAACUCAUCCAUUAUGACCGGAUCCGACCGUAUCAUAGAUCACACGACAUUCGCUGAGCUCCAGUGGAAACGAGAUCCCUUUGCUGCGGAUUUUUUCGUUUUGGCUCCUGGAUUUGAGAAGAGAAUCCACUUGUUUCCAAACGAUUAUGUUGAAGUUAUGAAAGAUAUACACGCAUUGCAAUGUGUCCAAGAUCUCCCCGGAUAUUCCUGCCAGAACCCUGUGGAGAUGCUCCGUGUUGACAACCAGCAGGCUUCAAUCGGGUCCAGACUCGUAGAUCUACCAAAGCUCUCACCAUAUAUGGAGGCGUGUUAUUUAGCCGCCUAUCUCAGUGCCUGCAUGCUUUGCUGCAAGGUUUGGCGCCACUCUGUAAUGCCUUCUCAUGUUUCGUUACAUUUACUUCGCAAGCUACAGGAGUCCAAUGGUGACCCGUUUUGGGACGGUCAGAUUGACUUGCUUAUCUGGAUGUUACACAUGGGCGGUUCUUUUUCACCCAAAGGACCAGUUCAUGAUGACUAUAAGGCUCUUCUGCAAGAGAACCAUGACUCUCGAUUUACGGGGAAGUAUAGCUCUUUGGAAGAACUUGUGGCAAUCAUGAGCCAGUUUAUUUGGUCGGAAAAGGCCUAUCGUGCUCAGGUGGGGGAGUUUUGGGAAGAAAUUCACCCUAUCGAGGUCAAACAUCGAAUUGGCAUGCCGGCCCUGUCUCGCUUUCGAGGCACUGACGACCAUACCGCGACGCCAAUGAUGAAGGAAUACUAUAGUCAACGGUCUCGGGUCCCGGGAACUCUAAUUAUAACGGAGGCUGGACUUAUUUCGCACGGUAGUGGCGGCUAUCCCAACGCACCAGGCAUCUGGCGUGAGGAUCAGGUGGUAGCUUGGAGGGCUAUCACUGACGAAGUGCAUCGCAACGGGAGCUUCAUCAUCUGUCAACUCUUUCACAUCGGCCGAGCCGCCAAUCCAGAGAUUGCCAAAAAAGAAGGCAUAGAGAUUGUAUCUGCGAGCGCGAUCCCUCAUGAGGAGGGAGCUCCUAUACCAAGGGCUCUCGCUAUCGACGAGAUCGAAGAGAUUGUGCGUGACUUUGCGAUAGCAGCGAAGAACGCCAUUCGUGCUGGUUUCGACGGUGUUGAGCUUCACGCUGGGAACGGGUACCUUCUCGAUAGCUUUACUCAGGAUGUGAGCAAUAUCCGUACAGAUAGGUACGGCGGCAGCAUUGAGAACCGAUCCCGCUUUGCCUACGAAGUGAUGAAAGCUGUCGGCGACGCCAUCGGGAGCGAACGUCUCGGAAUUCGCCUGAGUCCCUGGAGCACAUUCCAGGGCAUGCGCAUGAAAGACCCAGUGCCUCAAUUCUCAAACUUGAUCAACAAAGCUAAGGAGUUGGAUCUGGCUUAUAUCCACCUGAUAGAGCCCCGAGUUGUCAACAACUUUGAUCAGGAACACCCUAUUGACGACAACCUUGACUUUGCAUUUAAUCUCUGGGAUAAACCAAUCCUUCUCGCCGGAGGGUACAAGCCAGACAACGUUCUGAAAGCGAUCGAUGAGAUAUACUCUGGGAGAGAUAUUGUGGUGAUGUUUGGCAGGCACUUUGUGGCAAAUCCAGACCUUGUUUUCCGAAUCAAGAAUGAGUUGCCGCUUAAUCAAUAUGAACGAAGCACGUUCUAUACCCCUAAGAAUCCAACAGGUUAUCUCGAUUACCCGUUUAGCAAUGAGUUUUUAGCGAGCGCAGAAGCUAAAAACUAGGUCAAAUAAAAGUCGAUUUUUAGAUAAACAAGCAAAUAGAAUAGAAUAGACAUACAAGUUUUAAC